AUGAUUGAAGUGCCGCCCGGCCAUGUCUGGGUGGCGGGCGAUAAUCUGGCGUGGAGUCGGGAUUCGAGGUUCUAUGGCCCCGUGCCCAUGGGGUUGAUCUUGGGCAAGGUGACGAGGUAUUCGCAUCCGACUAGUGAUUGGAUUAUUGAUAUGGUGAAGACGGGGAAGGAUCAAUUGAGGCCUGCGAGGGGAGGGGGCGUGGAGGGGUUGGGGUUUGGGGAGUGGACGUUUACUAGGAGGGAAUUCCAGGAACUGCGGGAUGCGGCGGGGAAAGAGGAGGCAGACUUGGAGAAGGUGGAGCGGUUGUAG